GAGAGAGAAAGUGAGGGAAAAAAUAAAAAAGUUUUAGGGUUUAUUAUUAUUAUUAUUUUUUUUGGUAAUCUGUUCUUCCUUGGCUGUGUACUACUUGAUCGAGAGCAUCAGCUUAGAGACGAUUGCUUCAAGUGUAUUGCUGGUUCGAUCAAUUCCUCCGUAAGCUUACGCGUUAAAGCUUAAUGUGUAACUGCAUCUCGACCGUGCUCUGAAUUGAUUCACUCUCUCUCUCUGUAGUGUAGUAGUGUGCUAUGUCAGAUUCGUCAUACAGGUCUUUCAAUUGGUAGGAUUUGUAUUAUAUCCAUGGAUAAACCUAGACAUCAACAGAUUUUUCAGCACUCCAUGGAACCUGGAUAUGGAAACGAGGCUGUUCCUCAACCGUUUAUCCCUGAUCAAACAGGGGGCACUAGUGCUAAUGUGCGACCUUUCAAUUCUAAUGGUUCAGAUGUUAAGCCUGUGCAUAACUACUCCAUUCAAACAGGUGAGGAAUUCGCUUUUAUGCGUGAUCGGGUCAUUCCUCAGAGGUCCUCGAAUCCCAAUGCACCGGGCGACAUGAAUUAUACCACUGGUUAUAUGGAUCUUAGAGGCUUGAUAGGGGGGCUUAGUCACACAGGAUCUGAGUGUGCUUCAGAUGUCUCUAGGUUCAGCACUGUGGAGAAUGGCACCAGGGAUAAUGAGAGGACAAACUCUUCGCUUCACGAGUUUGGGAAUAAACUUGGUCAUGUCCAGUCAGCACCACAGGCUUCUAUGACUAAAGAUAGCAGUGUAGGAAAUUUACAGGGAUACGCUUCUUCUUCAGCCUCAGGUAGUGUUACAGCAAAGGUGAAGAUCCUUUGCAGUUUCGGUGGGAAAAUACUUCCACGUCCAGGUGAUUCAAAGCUUCGAUACGUUGGAGGUGAUACACACAUAAUUUCCAUAAGAAAGGAUAUAUCUUGGCCGGAGCUGAGGCAAAAAAUCCUUGAAAUCUAUUACCAAACACGUGUUGUAAAGUAUCAGCUUCCUGGUGAAGAUCUUGACGCGUUGGUGUCUGUAUCAUGUGAAGAAGAUCUCCAGAAUAUGUUGGAAGAGUAUAACGAGAUGGAAAACCGUGGGGGUUCUCAGAAGCUUAGGAUGUUUUUGUUCUCUAUCAGUGAUAUGGAUGAUGCUCUUUUGGGGGUUAACAAAAAUGA